CCCCUUCCAACCCUAAUUUCAUAACUUUAUUCAUUUCCCCUCCUUUUCUCCUCACUCACACAUGCAGGCAGCCACAACCCCUCACUGUUGGAGCUGCUACAAAUAUGCUGCUGGAGCUGUUACAGAUCUGCUCCUAGAGCUGCUGUCAAAGCUGUUAGCUGCAGCCUACAGAUUUGCUGGAGUUCAUCCUGCUGCCUGUGCUGAACUCCCUCUCUGCUUGCUGCACUAUGCUGGACCCCUUCUGCUUGCUGCUUGUGCCGGACCCUCUGCUUGCUGCCUGUGCCGGACCCUCUGCUUGCUGCACUAUGCCGGAGCCCCUCUGCUUGUUGCCUGUGCUGGACCCUCUGCUUGUUGCACUAUGCCGGACCCCUUCUGCUUGCUGCCUGUGCUGGAUUGUGAUGAAGACAAUAAUUCAGAGGUCUUUUUAUGAGCAAUUAUAGAUUUGAGAGCUAAAGUGUUUUGAGUUGGUUCUUGGCUGCUUCCCUUCAUGUUGAAUGUUGGUUUAGUUUAGUUAUUUUAUUUAUGUUAGGUUGAUUUUUGCUUAUAUUUGGAACAAGUAUGUUGCUUUAUGUUAGAUUAAUUUCUAUGUAUAUUUGGAACAACUUAUGUUUGGAACAUGUUGCUUUAUGUUGGAUUAAUUUCUAUUUGGAACAAUUUUGUUGAUUUAAUUAUUUGUAUUAAAUUAAUUUCUAUUUA